AUACCUAGAAAACAAAAUGUAUCACGACGCUUUGAAUCUUAUCAACUCACUUUUGAAAGAAUUGAAGAGGUUAGAUGACAAGAUGGUACUGGUCGAAGUUCAACUCUUGGAAAGUAGGGUUUGUCAUGCACUGAGAAAUUUACCAAAAUCAAGAGCUGCGCUGACGUCCGCCAGAACCUCGGCGAAUGCAAUCUAUUGUCCGCCCCUUCUCCAGGCCGCACUCGAUAUGCAGUCAGGAAUUCUGCACGCCGAGGAUAAGGAUUACAAGACUGCUUACUCGUAUUUCUACGAAACUCUGGAAGGCUACUCGUCACAAGAUGAUUCUCGGGCUAUUUUGGCUCUAAAGUACAUGUUACUUUGUAAAAUUAUGUUGAAUUUGUCGGGAGACGUUCAUGCCAUUAUUAAUGGCAAACUCGCAUUGCGCUAUGCCGGUCGCGAAGUUGACGCCAUGAAAGCCAUAGCAACAGCCCACCAAAAUCGUUCGCUUAAUGAAUUCGAAACUUCGCUCGCAACUUACAGAGAUGAAUUGGGAAAUGACCCGAUCAUCCGGUCUCAUCUCGCUGCACUUUAUGACACACUGCUUGAGCAAAAUCUCGUGCGCAUAAUAGAACCAUUCUCGAGGGUGGAGAUUUCACACGUUGCGGAAAUGGUUAAACUUCCCACCAGUCAGGUGGAAACUAAGCUGUCGCAAAUGAUCUUGGAUAAAGUGUUUCACGGGAUUUUAGAUCAGGGAGCGGGAUGUUUGAUCGUAUUCGAUGAGCCUCCUCAAGAUAAAACAUAUGAAGGUGCCUUGGAAACACUCAAACAAAUGGGAAAUGUUGUGGAAUCAUUAUAUGAAAAG